AUGUUCGCAAAACCGAGACCGAAGAAGAGCCUCCUCCCGCCGCCCCGAAAGCGCAAGGUCCAGCAUGCCAUCGAGGAGGUCAAGUUCGACGACGAGGCACGCACCGAGUACCUGACGGGUUUCCACAAGCGCAAGCUGCAGCGGACCAAGGACGCGCAGGCGCAGGCGGCGAAGCGGGCACGGCAGGAGAAGCUCGAUCUCAGGAAGCAGAUCCGCGAGGACAGGAAACGCGAGGUCGUGGAGCAUGUGCAGCAGGUCAACGCCAUGCUGAAGGAGGCGCAGCAGGCUGGGCACGUGGGCGGCGAGGAGGGCACCUCGGAUGACGAGGCGGACGAGUGGGACGGCCUCGAGGAUGCGCCAGAGCCGGAGCCGGUAGAUCAUGAGGAGGAAUACAUCGACGAGGAGCGGUACACGACUGUCACAGUAGAGUCUGUCACGGUGUCUCGAGAUGGGCUGACGAGCUCGAAGCCCGAAGAGGAAGAGUCAGAAACCGAGGAUGAAGAGGGACAGAAAGCAGAUCGUGAAGCCGGCCAGGCAUCAGGGAGCAGCGGCAAGAGCCACCCGCCCAAGAAGAAGAAACCAAAGUUCAGAUACGAGACCAAGAUGGAAAGGCAGCAAACCCGGAGGAAGCAGAAGGCCAAGAGUAAUAGCAAGAGACCACCAAGGGAUUGA